UCGACGGUCUGCAGGGGGCGCAGUCCCAAACAUCCUGUCAUUGUUUAUUCCAGCAUGACGGAAAACAGCGCGUCGCCGGAGGACCCCUGGCUCAAAACAGAUGGCACUUUCAGUGACAGCGGCUUCGACCACAGCUUCUUUGCAGAGAGUGCUCGCAAAGGAAGUGUGGUGUCAAGAGCCAACAGCAUCGGAUCCACAAGUGCCUCUUCAGUACCAAAUACAGAUGAUGAAGACAGUGACAACAGACAUGAGACCCCCUAUAAGGAGUCUUAUAAAGACCGAAGGAGACAGGCGCACACGCAGGCAGAGCAGAAACGAAGGGAUGCCAUCAAGAAAGGUUAUGAUGACCUGCAGUCUAUCGUGCCUACUUGCCAGCAGCAGUCUGAGUUUGCCAUGGCCACGCAGAAGAUGAGUAAAGCCACAGUCCUGCAGAAAACAAUCGACUACAUUCAGUUUCUCCACAAGGAAAAGAAGAAGCAGGAAGAGGAAGUUUCCACACUUAGGAAGGAGGUGAUGGCAUUGAAAAUUAUGAAAACGAACUAUGAGCACAUUGUGAAAGCCCAUCAGAAUAACCCUCAGCAGGGCAGUGAGCAGGUGUCAGAUCAGGUGAAGUUUAGCGUGUUUCAGAGCAUCAUGGACUCUUUGUUCCAGUCCUUCAGUGCCUCCGUCUCUGUCAGCAGCUUUCAAGAACUCUCUGCUUGUGUCUUCAGCUGGAUCGAGGAGCACUGCAAACCCCAGACACUGAGAGAGUUUGUGGUGACUGUGCUGCAGCAGGUGAAUGGGCAGAUGUACUGAAACUCUAGAGCUGUCUGUCUACCAGCCAGCCUCUCAGACUGAGGGUGUGACAUCCUUGUACCCAGCUAUUAUCCCAUUCACACAUACACA